CACCGCCGGGAAAGGAUGUUGAGUCGGGAUGGCCGGAGUGGGCAGUCCUGCGCAUUUCAGCAACAAGCUCUUCAAUUCCUCAACCUCUCUCCUUCCUCCAGUCUCACAGAAUUUCACCUCGAAACCGAAGCAAGCUCUGCGCGUGAGGUGCGCACUGUCACCCACAAAAUGGCGGGAGGGCCGCCGACCUGUCUCGAUCUCUCUAGCUCUCUCCCACCUGCUUUUCAUUCCUAACCAGGCUGCUUCAGGAAGCAUUUUGGAUAGAUAUGUGAAAAAGAAAAGGCUCGAUCCUUUGGAGGUUUAUGUACCACCUAUCAUCCUUACGCAGCUACAGAUCAAGGACUUGGAGAAAACAUUAGAUGGUGCUGAGCCCCAAUUUGCUGCCUGCCGAUCGCUCCUUCGUGCAGGCCCUGCAGCAUCUCUUCGUGUAAAUAUUAGAGCAGUGGCACAAUAUGCAUCUGAUAGUGGCAAUGGUAAAACUGCGUUCAGCGAUGUAGAUCAAUGUCUAAGUGCUCUGGAGGAACUUGAUUCGUUACUUCUGCGCGCAUCAAGAAAUGAGCCCGAAGCCACAGUCAAGUCUAUGAAAGCGAAAAUCAGUGCAACUCUUAACGCUUUGGACAGCCUUUUACAGACUGUACCUUCCGAUGUGCUAAAUAAGGGAGAAGUUAUAGCUGAUUCAUACAGGAACAUGGAAGAUGAGGAUACAGCAAGUUUGGACCCUGAAUUAAAGCAAUUAGAAGAGAUCCUCUGAAUUGCUAAAAUACUGUCUUCUUUUUUUUUUUCCCGGCCAAUUGCUAAAAUACUUUAUCAACGUUUGUAGUUUUAGCCAAGGUGAUCAAAUUAAAAAGAAGCUAGGCGGUGGCAUAACAUUAAGCAUAAUUUGAAUAGACCCUCACGAUUUUUCUUUUAA